CAUGCAACGAUGUGGAUUAAGGCACGUCAGGACAAGAAUGGUGGGUUUAAAGAUCCUUUGGUAGAGGAGAAGGCCAAAAAAAUUGCUGCUUUGAAGAAAAAGGAGGUUGAGGGAGAGUUAAGCACUUCGGGUGCAGAUGAUGUGUUAACCUUAGCAUUAGGAAAUCCUGAAAAUACUGGAGUAGUAAGAGGAGUGGGAGGUAGUGUGAGGAAAUCUACAUAUUUUAACCUCCCAAAACGUCGAAAGCAAAGUGUUCAACAGACUGUUAGGUUAAGUGUUCAGAAGAUAAUGGAACAAGAGAGGGAGAAGAUAUUAGCAGAAGAACGAGUAAUUUGGGAGGAGAGAUUUAGGAGGUUAGAAGAGAAGGUUGGUGCAAGUGCUUUGCAAACUGAGUCCCCCAAAGUUUCCACCCUUGACAAGCAAGUGGGUUCUGGACAAGGAAGUUGUUCAAAUUUGCAAGAGAAGGCUACUGUGGGAACUGAAAAACUGACUUCUGCCACUGUUAAGAAGUCUUUGGAUUUAGAACAUCUUCAGGAGCCAUCAAAAGAAUCUUUGGAAUUAAAACUUCCUCUUUAG